GUUGUCUCCCUUGCAUUCUAAGAAAAAGAAAGUUGCGAAUAGUUUGGAACUAAUAAAUCGAAGCAUAUUUUUCUGAAUAGCUUGCUAAAACAUUCAUAAACAAAAAUGGCGAGAAUAAAGAUAUCGGAGUCAAGAUUUGCUGCAUUAAUGGGCGAUGACAAGAAGUCUGACAGUAAAAAGAAGAACAAGAAACCUGCACAGAAUGAAUCAAGUAAACAACAGAAUCCAAAUCAGAAGCAGGGGCAAGGCCAAGGAAAGAAAAAUAAAAAGAAAUCGAGUGAGAAUGAAAAUAAACCACCUUCUGCAACUCAACGACAAAAUAGUGAAACAGAUGAAAAUAGAAACAAUACUGAUGACUGGAGUCAGUGGAGGGAAAGAGAUUCAGAAUUCACAGAUGAAACUUAUGAGAAAGAUCUUCAGGAAGCUUUAUUACUUAGUAAACUUCAAAUAGAGGAACAGAAGCAGGUAAAGAAACAACAAAAACAGACUGAAAAUGGGAAGACAGAUGAAUCUACUCAAAAUAAAAAGAAAAAGAAGAAAGCAAUGAGUUUAGAACAGUUUAAUGCUACCGAUCAUGAAAAGAAAGAAGAAGAAAAAGGUGAAAGUCCUGAACCCAUCAUUCCCACUACAAAGGUCCAUCCAAAUAAAGCUAAUGUUAAAUAUUUCAACAAGGUAGAAGAUGAUGUCAGUAAAAUACUACGCAAAGAGAAAAUACAAGAAGACUAUAAAAAGCAUUAUGCCCAAGAGAGUGUUAUGGCAUCAAAAUAUCAGGAAGAGUUAGAGAAAAAGGAUGAAGAAAUUGAAAAAUUACAAAACCAAUACCAAACAUUAGCUGAGGAACAUAAAAAAGUGAAAAAAAGAAAUAAACAGUUAUGUUUUAUUCUAGCUGAAGGGGAGAUGAAAGAUAAAACAGAAGUAUUAUUACAAGUAGAAGAAUUAAGUCAAGUAAAAGAUGAACUCACAGAUCAGGUUUCUGAAUUAACAGCAGAGUUAGAGAAAGAGCGAUCAAAAGUACACAUGUUGAAAACAGAAAUAGACAAAUUAAAGGGUGUGAAGUCCAGCCGCUGAAACAAAUGCCAAUUCCAAACAACAUUAUAAGAAGAUUCUUGGAUUUUUAGAAUGCUGGUGUACCAUAGCAUCAAAAUAAUUGAUCUGAACUUCGUUUUUUGAGAUAAGGUCUAUGGUGUUAAUUAUACCAGAUAAAUGAUAUUUUAUGGUCUAUGGUGUUAAUUAUACCAGAUAAAUGAUAUUUUAUGUUACUGGACGCAAAUUGGAUGACUUAAAAAAACAUUGUUUUUUUUAGUAUUAUCUUAAAGAUAUACUAUUAACCAUAAAUUUUGUUGCAUGUUUACAUUAUUUGUUUAUGUUUCAUUAAUAAAAUCAAAACUGAAGAGAAUACAGUUUAUAGUUUAA